AUGAUUAGAUGGGUCAUUCUUGGUCUUGUAAGCAAUACUGGCCAUGAUCAUUUCUUGAAGGGUAUUGAGAAUGUGGUACUAGGUCUUGCCAUCUAUGUUCCAUUCAUAAAUGUUGACACCAUGGUAAGCAGCUUGGGAGAACUGUCCUCUUUCUUCGAUCUGGAGAUCUGGGAAAAUUUAUCCAGCAUAGACACUAAUAAUGAUAAUCAGUGGUUCUUUUUCUGUCAUCUGGAUCGGAAGUCUGCGAAUGGACAGAGGCUGAACAGACUAACGAAGCAGGGAUACCGGAAAUCAACAGGUAAGGAUCGGAAGAUCAAGUCCGGUAACAGAGAAAUUGGUUUGUGGAUAGUUCGAUGUUCCUUUGUCCUCUGUCGUCUUUUUAAGAAGCAUGAUGAGAAGCAAGAUGAUGUCACUGAAGGUUCAAACUGUGUUGAAGUUGAAGAGAGUGUUGUUCCUUCUCCUGCCACAGUUACUGCUCAAGAUACACAAUUGGAGGCAGCAACCCCUGUGAUGACUGAUGAGAGCGCAAGCUGA